AUGAAAAGCUCAGGAAAGCUGGGGCAAUGGUCUCUCAUUGCAGUUGCUUUGGCAAUUUGCUUAGCAGCUAGCACCGUUGUUGCUGAUUACUCUUAUGGUUAUGCUUCUCCUUUACCUUCUUACAACUCUAAGAAGCAUUACAAAUCUCCAUCUCUACCCAAGUACCCAGUACUUACUCCUUACUAUAAGUCGCAUGCUCCUUCAAAGAACUACUACAUAUCACCGGCUCCCGCAAAAUACUACAAAUUUCCAACCCUCGCAAAAUACUACAAGUCACCGAUUCCCACAAAAUACUACAAGUCACCGGCUCCUACAAAAUACUACAAGUCGCCGGCUCCCACAAAAUACUACAAAUCUCCAGCUCCCGCAAAAUAUUACAAGUCGCCUGUUCCCACAAAAUACUAUAAGUCGCCAGCUCCCGCAAAAUACUACAAAUCUCCAGCUCCCGCAAAGUACAACAAGUCGCCUGUUCCGGCAAAAUACUACAAGUCGCCAGCCCCCGCAAAAUAUUACAAGUCGCCAUCGCCUGUAAAAUAUUACAAAUCGUCAUCGCCUGCAAAAUAUUACAAGUCGCCAUCGCCUGUAAAAUAUUACAAAUCGUCAUCGCCUGCAAAAUAUUACAAGUCACCAUCCCCAACAAAAUAUUACAAAUCGCAUGCUCCCUCUAAAUACUAUAAGUCACCUUCACCAAUAAAAUAUUACAAGUCCCCUGUUUACUAUAAGUCUCCACCACCACCAGCUUAUUAUGAGAAAUCACCUUCGUACUACAAGUCACCUCCACCUCCUCCAAAAUACUAUGAGCAGUCAUCUUAUUACAAGUCACCUCCACCCCCACCAAAAUACUAUGAGCAAUCACCAUCUUCUUACAAAUCUCCACCUCCACCAUACUAUAAAGAAUCUACGCCUUCCUAUAAAUCUCCUCCACCUCCAACAAAAUACUACGAGCAAUUGCUUACUUACUUUUCACCACCUCCACCAGCAACCUAUGAAAAAUCACCAUCUUAUUAUUCACCUCCACCACCAACGAACUAUUACAAGCAAACUCCCACAUAUGCAUCACCUCCACCACCUGAGAAGUAUGAGCAAUCCGCCACCUAUGCUUCACCUCCACCCCCAUCAGCAUCUCCUCCACCAACCUACUACUAAUAUUAACUAUUCAAUCAUUUUCCGCCAUUUCCCAUGAUUUUAAAUUCCUUUUUGUCUUUUAGUUUUGCAGCUCCAUUUCCUCUGCCAAAAAUUGUUGUAUGCUUCCCAAAA